AUGUUUCACGUAGGCUUCUGGCAUCAGUUACGAAGGCGUCUAGCAUUCUUACGUAUGGGUCAAAGUUUACAUGCUCAGGACGAAAUUAAACGUUCUAUGACCGGUCAGCUACAGUGGAUUGAUGCCAUCAUGCCAUCCCUAGUGAGCAGGGAAUAUAUUGUAAUACGGAAGAAAAACAAGGGUGAAUCCAGUGAAAUGUGGAUCUAUUCCAAGCCCGUGGAUAACGUGAGCAUUCUGUUCGCUGACAUUGUCGGUUUUACUCGAAUGAGCUCCUCCAAAACCGCACAACAAGUGGUCUACUUACUGAACGAUUUGUACAACUGUUUCGAUGAUUUGUGCGAAGUAACGCAUUGUGAGAAAAUUGCUACCCUGGGCGACUGUUACUAUUGUGUUUCCGGUUGUCCGCUGCCCCGAGCAGAUCACGCCGAAUGCUGUAUUGAGAUGGGUUUGGGCAUGUGUCGAAUCAUAAAGCGCUUCAAUUAUGUCCACAAUGAGGAUGUGAAUAUGCGAGUGGGAAUACAUACCGGAAAAGUGAACGCUGCUAUCAUUGGACAAAUACGAUUCCGAUACGAUGUAUACUCNGAUUGCGAAUUCAAUGGAGAGUAG